UUUGCAGCAGCUGGGCGCAUUUUAUUUACAAAGGUAAUUGAAAACAUAAACGUUUAUGUGAAUAAUGUCAAAUGACAAACGGACUGUUUAUGUUGGUGGGUUAGCCGAUGAGGUCACCGAAAGGUUGCUGAAUAAUGCAUUUAUACCGUUUGGCGAUAUUGCGGACAUUCAAAUGCCGGUCGACUACGAAUCGCAAAAACAUCGCGGAUUUGCCUUCAUUGAGUACGAAAACUACGAAGAUGCUGCCUCCGCCAUUGACAAUAUGAAUGACUCAGAACUAUGUGGCCGCACGAUACGUGUCAAUCUAGCCAAGCCGGUGCGUGUCAAGGAGGACAGCUUUAAGCCGGUAUGGGCGGAUGACGACUGGCUGCAAAAGCACGCGGGAGCCACAUUAGAAGCGGAGGGCGAGUCCGAAGCGCCAAAGGAUACUACAGAAACGCCAUCAACAGGUCCGGCAGUGAUUGAGAAAUCGGAAAAACGAAAUCCACAGGUGUUCUUCGAUAUACGCAUUGGUGGCAACGACGCCGGUCGCAUUGUCAUGCUAUUGCGGGCCGAUGUAGUGCCAAAGACGGCGGAGAAUUUCCGGCAGCUCUGCACGCAUGAGCAGGGCUAUGGCUACAAAGGCUGCACAUUUCAUCGUAUCAUUCCCGAAUUUAUGUGCCAGGGCGGAGAUUUCACAAAUAACAAUGGUACCGGUGGCAAAUCUAUUUAUGGCAAAAAGUUCGCCGACGAGAAUUUCAAUUUGAAACACAACAGCUUCGGGACGCUAUCCAUGGCCAAUUCGGGGCCCAAUACAAAUGGCUCACAGUUCUUCAUAUGCACCACAAAAACCGACUGGCUGGAUAACAAGCACGUGGUUUUCGGCCAUGUCAUCAGCGGCGCAGACGUCGUACGUAAAAUGGAGCGAUGUGGAAACAAGUCUGGCACCCCUUCCCAAAAGAUUAUCAUUUACGCUUGUGGCGAACUCAAAUGAAUGGCUUAAUAAAUGCAUAAUUUUUAAA